AUCAGUACCUUCUGGCGCAGUAAAGAAAAAAAAAAACACAAGACGGCUGUUGUGCUUUCUUACUUGAAUCAUCUCCCCGCGGAGAGCAACACAUACGUUUGCAAAAUUUGAAAGGUUUGUACUUUAAUAGAUUAUCAAAACGUAAUUGUAAAAUAUUUCACAAAAUGAGUUCAAUCAACGUGAAGAAGCUGAAAGUAAAUGAGCUGAAGGACGAGCUGAAAAAGCGUCAGCUCUCAGACAAGGGACUGAAGGCCGAGCUCAUGGACCGGUUACAGGCCGCACUCGAUGCCGAGGCUCUGGCUGCAGAUGCUUCCGAGCAAGAAGCGGAGGAAAAUGAGGAAAACGGGGAACAAGGGAAUAUCGAUUUGAGUACUCAAGAUGACGUGGGUGAAGAAGUAGAGGAGGCAGUUGGGGAGAGCAUGGAGGCCGAAGAGGAGAAUGGAGAAGAUGCCGCCGCUGAGGGAGAAUGUGGAGACCUUGUCGGUCAAGAGGACGAUGAAAUGGGCGAAGAAGAGGAAGACGUUGUUGCUGGGGUAGAUAUGGAGAAAGAAAUUGAAGAGGAGGACGAGGAAGACAAAAUAGACGAUGAAGAUGGUGAGCCGGAAUCCCAGCCAACCGAGGGGGAUGCUGACAAAGACAUCAAUGCUGAUGAGAAGAAUAAGAAGGGUGUUAAGAGACGCCGGGAGGAACAUGGAAGGGGCUACUUUGAAUUUAUUGAAGAAAGCAAAUACAGCCGGGCCAAAUCUCCCAUUCCACCUCUUGAGGAAGAGGAUGAGGAGUUCGAUGACACCCUGGUCUCUCUGGAUCCAUACAACUGUGACCUGCAUUUCAAGGUGUCACGUGACCGUUACAGCGCCAGUUCUCUCACCAUGGAAAGCUUUGCUUACCUCUGGGCAGGUGGUCGGGCUUCCUAUGGUGUGAACCAAGGCAAAGCUUGUUUUGAGAUGAAGAUUACUGAGAAGAUUUCAGUGAAACACAUCAACAGUAAGAGCAUGGAUGUCCAUGAUGUUCAGAUUGGAUGGUCCUUGGCCAAUGGCAGCCUGUGUCUGGGUGAGGAGGAGCAUUCUUAUGCUUAUUCCGUCAGGGGAAAGAAGACCACAAACUGUGUGACUGAGGACUAUGGAGAGACCUAUGAUGAAAAUGACGUUAUUGGCUGCUUCAUCAAUUUUGAAGGGGAUGAGGUUGAGAUCUCGUAUUCGAAGAACGGUAAGGACCUCGGCGUGGCUUUCAAAGCCAGUAAAGAGUCCCUGGCCGAACGACCACUCUACCCUCACGUUCUCUGCCACAACUGUGCCGUUGAGUUUAACUUUGGGCAAAGAGAGACACCUUUCUUUCCCCAACCCGAGGGCUUCACUUUCAUGCAGCAGAUCCCUGUGGAGAACCGUGUCCGUGGACCUAAAGGACCUGAGACCAAGGCAGACUGUGAGGUGAUGGUUAUGGUUGGCCUCCCUGGUUCUGGAAAGACCACAUGGGUGAUGAAGCACACAGCAGAGAACCCAGGCAAAUACAACAUUCUGGGCACCAACACAAUUCUGGAGAAGAUGAUGAUCGGCAGCAUGAAGCGACAGAACAAAGACACGACGAAGCUUACUGCCAUUUCCCAGCGUGCACCUCUGUUCUUGGGCAAGUUUCUGGAGAUUGCUGCGCGUAAGAAGAGGAAUUACAUCCUGGAUCAGACUAACGUAUCGGCCCCAGCUCAGAGGAGGAAGAUGUGCCUGUUUGCUGGAUUCCAGCGCAAAGCUGUGGUGGUCUGUCCCACGGACGAGGCCUACAAAGAGAGAACGCAGAAGAAAGCCGAAACCGACGGCAAGGACGUGCCUGAGCAUGUCGUUCUGAAAAUGAAGGGUAUCUACUCUCUGCCUGAGGUGGGAGACUGCUUCUCCGAGGUCACUUACGUGGAGCUACAGAAGGAGGAGGCCACCAAGCUCCUGGAACAAUACAAGGAGGAGAGCAAGAGCGCACUGCCCCCAGAGAAGAAACCCAACCAGGGAGCAGUAACCCCCAAGAAAGGCAACGUUCGUGGGAGAGGAGGCAAAAACCAGUUUAACCGUGGCGGUGGUCCAGGCAUGCGUGGAGGCCGAAUUGGAUACCAGAACCGAGGCAACUUCAGAGGAAUGCCAGGACCCCGUGGAGGUUUCAGUGGACCCCCACGAGGUUUCAUGCCCCCGCCAGCUUUCCGAGGAGGCUUCCCUAACCGGGGCAACUUUAACAGGCCUGCUGGUGGAAUGCCCAACAGGGGAGCCUCUCCCAGGGGUGGACCUAUCAGGGGCAACAUGGGUAACAUGGUUAAUAGAAGUGGAGCCCUGAAUCGUGGUGGGCCCAUGCACAGGGGCAACAUGCACAGGGGCGGUGGAGGAGCUGGUGGACCUAGUGGAGGAAGCUUCAACCAGAAGUUCCGUGGAAGAGGAGGCAAUCAGCCAAACCGUGGUGGCUUUCCCAACAAGAACGGAAACUUUGGCAUGAACAAAGCCCAGGCCUUCAAUCAGAGCUGGCAACAGGGGUUCUGGAACCAGAAGCCAUGGAGUCAGCAGUACCACCCAGGAUAUUACUGAGUGGGUUUUUGUAUUAAAGACUGGUGGCAUUAUGGAGAGUCCUAUCCCAAAGCCACAGAUGCCCCCACCCAUUUGACUUUUAUCCUUUCGUUUUUGUUUUUGUUUUUUUUUUUAAAAAAAAAAAACCCUACUUUUAAAGACGAGAAAUCACAACAGACAAACAUUCCACCUUUGGAGAGAAGUGUCUGGGUUCUCCUUUAAAGCAUGAUGGGUUCAUUUGCUCGUUAAUUUUGUACAUUUUAUUGUUUUAAUUUUCCCUUUUGUUUUUAAUCCCAUGCUUUGAUGUAUCGUAAAAAUCAGGAACCACAGCAUUCAUUCUUUGUGCGGUGUUUUGAACGAAUUUCAGGGUUGUGCAUUUUAUUCUUUACAAUGUCAUUUUUACUAAAUGUAAAUUAUUAUUACUUUUUUUUUUCUUUGUACCAGUAUUUGUUUGUGUAAAGGCAAAAAUUAAGAUUCUGGUAGUACCGAUUCGUCUUUUUAGAGGCAUGUUGCUAUUGUCAGUAAUUGUACCGGUCGUUUUGCAAAAGCAAGGCCUUUAUAAAAAAAAAAAAAGAAAAAAAUGAAGGUUUGAAAUCAUUGCUACUCUUUUAAUUUCAGAUAAGUUUUCCUUUUUUUGAGCAUAACUGAAGUCCAUCCUGUAAUAGUUAAACUUCAUAGGUUUACAAUAAAUGCAUUAUUUGCUUUU